AUGAUGGAUGUAUCUGAGACCCCGCAGGCUGCUGGGGGCAUCUCCAGCAGCGCCGAUCGCAUGGUUGGUAUGGAGCAUGCUGAAGUGCGCUACUUUACGAGCUACGAUCACCAUGGGAUUCAUGAGGAAAUGCUGAAAGAUGAUGUCCGUACGAGAUCCUACCGUGACUCCAUCUACCAAAACCGCCACAUUUUCAAGGAUAAGGUUGUCCUCGACGUUGGGUGUGGAACAGGUAUCCUCAGCAUGUUCGCUGCUCGAGCGGGCGCCAAGCAUGUGAUCGGUGUGGACAUGUCCUCGAUCAUCGAGAAGGCCCGUGAAAUUGUCGCUGUGAACGGCCUGGCCGACAAGAUUACUCUCCUCCAGGGCAAGAUGGAAGAAGUUGUUCUCCCGUUCCCCAAGGUAGAUAUCAUCAUCUCCGAGUGGAUGGGCUACUUCCUACUGUACGAGAGCAUGUUGGACACAGUGCUGUAUGCCCGUGACACUUACCUUGUUCCUGGUGGCAAGAUCUUUCCUGACAAGGCCACCAUGUACGUGGCUGGCAUUGAGGAUGGCGAGUACAAGGACGACAAGAUCGGAUUCUGGGACAACGUCUAUGGAUUUGACUACAGCCCGAUGAAGGAGAUCGCCCUCACUGAGCCGCUGGUCGAUACCGUGGAAAUGAAGGCUCUUGUCACUGAUCCCUGCGCCGUCAUCACUCUGGACCUGAAUACGGUCACCUCGGCCGACCUGGCGUUCCGUGUGCCCUAUUCGCUCCUUGCGCGCCGCAACGAUUUCGUCCAUGCCCUAAUUGCCUGGUUCGAUAUCGAGUUCAGCGAGUGCCACAAGCCCAUUCGCUUCUCUACGGGCCCCCACGCCAAGUACACGCACUGGAAGCAGACUGUCUUCUACCUGCCCGAUGUCCUGACUGUCGAGGAGGGUGAGUCUGUGUCCGGCUAUCUUGAAAACCGUCCCAACGACAAGAACAAGCGGGACUUGGACAUCACUUUCACGUACAAUUUCGAGACCCCUGACCCGACUCGCUCUGCCCAGGGCAGCUGCUUCUACCGGAUGUGCUGA